CACCUGUUGCACUUGUUUCAACAUACAUUUUUGUGUUGGACGAGCAGAUUUUAUCUCACAAUGGGAAAGAAACUUUUUAAUAUCCGUUUAUUAUAAUAAUUUCGAGCUGCAUUUGGAAUUGUUACAAAUUCUGCAGAUUUGGGGGUAUCCUAGAAUGUGGGCACUCUGCUUGGGCGGGGUCUGCGCCUUCGUAUCGCAGAGGCGAUUAACCUGGAGUUUCACCACCCUUGUUGUCCGUUGGUUUCAGUCUUGAGUUUGGUGUUUCCCUGGGAUGAGUCAUACCUGAAAGUUGUGUUCUGAACUACUGAUAGGCGGCGGAGGCGAUAGUGGUAUUAGUUUAGGAGCGGAGGGGCGACAUCGCGGAAUUUUCGGAGUAAAGGAUAAACGAGUCUGUGACAAAGUGCUUGUUGUGUAGAAGAACUGUAAUGGCCAACUUUAGUGAAAGACUUUCAGUCACGACUCCGAUCACAUCGUUUAUUAAUUUCGUAUUCCUUAUCGUCGUACUCUCAGGGUCUGUAUGUGCAGUAAAUGUGGAUAUAGCGAACCCUUUCAAAGUGGUCAUAUUGUUUCAGCGUGUCACACUACAGUGCUCGUACCAAACAUCUGCUACUAUACCUCCCAUAGUCACAUGGAGGUACAAAUCAUUUUGUAAGGAUCGAGUGAGCAGUGCCUUAAGUCCAAGUAGCCAAGGCACUGCUGUGCAACAGAAUGUUCCAGGAUCCAAUCCUUACGUGGAGUGUCAAGAUACCGCAAGGACUGUGCGAAUUGUUGCCACCAAACAGGGCAGUACUGUAACUCUGGGAGAAUUUUAUCAUGGACGUCAAAUCACCAUUACAGGCCGUAAAACAUCAAAUGCUACAGACCUGUUGCCAGGCUUACAAAUAGGGGAACUGGAAGACUGGUUGUUUGUGGUGCUUGUGGUCCUUGCAUUUCUUCUGCUGUUGCUCCUUAUCGGAAUCUGUUGGUGCCAGUGUUGUCCUCAUACCUGUUGCUGCUAUGUCAGAUGCCCUUGCUGUCCUGAAAAAUGCUGCUGCCCUCGUGCAUUGUAUGAAGCUGGAAAAGCAGCAACUUCAGGAGUCCCUAGUAUAUAUGCACCAAGUGUUUAUGCGCCAUCUGUUUACUCUCAUCCUAGCCAGGCCAAGUUACAGCCAAAUCCCAUUCCUUUGCUGCCAGUCCAGGCCAUGCAGCCACACUAUAUGCCAGAGUAUGACAGAGCAAGUUCUGUUGGACACAGUUCCCAAGUACCUCUGCUUCAGGAUCAAGAUGCCAACUCUGUGAGAAGUGGUUACCGCAUCCAGGCUAACCAGCAAGAUGACUCCAUGCGUGUACUUUACUAUAUGGAGAAGGAGCUAGCCAACUUUGAUCCAACUCGACCUGGCGACUCCAGUGGGAAGUAUGAGAAAUUGUCUGCCAUGAGUGAACUAAGUUCACUGCAUGAAGAUGGAGAUCCUAGGAACCUAAGAAAUGGAAUUGGACGACUUCGCAAUCAGGGUAUGCCACCUAUAAGAGAUGUAGAAGAGGAGAGCAUGAUAAGUAGUGCUUCUCGCAGCAGACCACAACCAUCUCGCAACAUGGACUACUAUGAGGAUCGCAACCGGAGAAACCCUGACUAUGACAUGCGCCCCCGAGCACAUUCAAUGGAUAAUCUUGAUGACCUAGACCGGUUUCACGAUUACAACUGGGACCGACGUGGGGAAGAUCGAAGCCGUGGUCGACGUCCAUCAGAUGAUGAUACCAGUAGCAGAGGAUAUAACAGAGAGAGACAUCGUCGAGACUAUUCUCCUGACUCGCGUGAUCUGUAUCAAAGGAGGAGCCGCAGCAGAGAUGAUCUUAGAAAUCUAGACUACACUCGCAGUCCAGCUGGCAGUUCCCAUGGGGCUUAUGAUGACAGCUUCCUGCAGGAGGUCCUGAGGAAAAAACAGAGGGCUGCAGGAAAUAGGGAUAUUAUAGAAACAUCCAGCAAUGUAACUUCACGAUCUGGGAAUAGACGGAAUGCUCAGGAGGACGACUUUCCUCCACCUCCACCACCAUAUAUAGAGAAUGAGUCAGUUUCAUCAAGGGGAAGGAAUGACAAGAAAAUAAAAAGGAAUGAAGCUGUAAGCAGAGACAGUCUGGUGGUUUGACUUUACCCAAUACAUCGAACAGAACCUAUCUGAAAAUUCACCAUGCACACUAUUGCUAUUAAGUAAUUUCCAGCAGAGAAAAAUGGAAUAGACACUUUCUGGAAAUUUGUUUUCAAGAAGAAAACUGUUUUUAAGAAGAAUUUAUGGAGCGCAGCCAUUUUGGGUAUUGCACUGUUCACCUUUUUGUUACAACUUUUGCAGUAUGUGAUGGAGCAGAGCUCUGAGCUUGAAACUGCAAAUCAAUAUCUCAGUUUUCCAUGUUAUUUUCAUGGCAGUUUGCAGAGGAGGUACUGUAACUUGAAAAUUUUGUUUCUCAGUGCAUGUCAUUUAAAAUAGCUGACCCAUUUAGGAAACAAGUACUUGGCCACGUUUUUCAUGGUGUCUGAGAUUUUUCAUCACUUAGUGUUAAUAUUGUGUGUCUUGAAUAAAGAUCACCAGCCUGUAUGUGACCGUAGUUUGAAUUAAAAAAAAACUGAAGCUCCAAAACCCUUUUUCCCCUCCUCACCAGUUCAAGUCAUUGCAUUGUUCUCUGGACGAAUGAGGUAAAACAAGUGUCAUUACUCAGUAUUACAAUGACUAAAUGAGAGCCUACAUGAAAGCAGCUAGUAUAGUUUGCAGUGCAAACAUGGCUGCUCACAUAUGAAGUGUAACUUCAGGUUGCUUAUCAGACUGCUCCCUUUUAUUAGUAACAGCUGUGUUAACCUAACAGUAGGGUAGCGACAACUUGUAAUUUUGUUAACCAGAUGGUUAGUUUGUGGCAGUUUACCUUGGGAAGGUUAAGGCCAUGAGCUUCAUCCUGUAGUCCUGGCUUUUUCCCCUCAGUUCUCACUGCAAACUGUACAACUGUGAUAACACAGAUCGUCCUUAUUGUGUUGACCUUGAAAAGGGACUCUUGUGUCCAGUGGGCUUACUAGUUGAAGAUAAAGAAGUAAACAUGGGUAAAGUGGUUGUGUGUGGCUUACAACAUGAGUUUCUGAUAUUGUGCCUCCCCACUUUACUGAAAGGCAGAUUUUUUUGUGUGCAUUAUAUCUUUCUUGCCUUAAAAUGAUCAACCCUCCCAUGUUGUGAAUAAAAGCAAGACUUGCUGGUAUGUUAAUCCCCGAGUUUAUUCAGGGAGGUAGAUGAAUAUGUAUGUACUUUAUUCUUAGAUCCUUUCUUUGAACUGAACAAAUCUGUGGUGUAAAAGAAAUGGCCCUGCCUUACUUUUACUGAACUCGUGCUCCCUUUUAAUUUAUUUACAUUUUAUUCUUGAUAUUGCUUCAGUUUGUUUCCCUACAUUUGAGGGGACAGCUGUAGGUUUACUCUGGUUUUUGAAUGUUUUGCUAUGUGGUCCUUAGGAUCUGAGGUAAACUUUGUAAUCAUUGUUGUAGCUGUCUUUUUAUGUAGUAGAACUGGAUAAUCAUAUUUGCUGUAUUAGUAUAGUUAAGACAAGGAAAUGUAAGUUUUCCAGUUAUUCACUUUCCCCUUUUCUGUUAGCCACUCAUUCUUUAAUGGAGUGCGCCAGUUUGAACCAGAGAUGAUGAGGCAGAUUUUUUUUUACAUUAAGAGUUCUUUAUUUAAAAAUGAUUAAUGGAAGUUAGGGUCUCUUUUGAGAUAUUAGAUAUUGUGUUAGUGGAAGCCUCCAUUAGUGUAGAUAAUUUAAUUUUCAGUCUAAAGUAGUUAAAGCCUCAAUGACUGUAUAUAGGUAAUGUGGAUUUAAAAUAGCUGAUGUUGUCAUAACUGUGUAUAGGUGAUGGAAAUUUACAGCUUUGUCUGGGGUCUCAUUUUUCCUAGUCUUUGUUAGGAAAAAUAGGCUCAAAGUUUCAUCAUGGUCUCUAUAAAACUUAAAGUGCAAGGUGUGGUAUGCAAAGCAUCAAAGCGAAUUGCAUUUUUAUAUAAAGGCUAGUGGGUUAAUCUUUGUUUAUAUUGCAUCUUAAGUGUCCACAAGCUUUUAUUUAUUGUUUUAUGUGAUUUCCAAAUAUGAAUUCAUGGAAGCAAGGCUAUUGUAAUCGUUGCUUGGCUGCAUUUCAAUGUUUUCCUGUUAAAAGCAGCUGCUCUGGCUUUAAGUCUUGUUCUUAUCCUCUAAUUAGAUGGCUGGACAGCUUCAGUUCUUGCUCUUAACCGUUAUUUGUAAGUAAGGUGAUACGGUGAGGAAGUUAACACAAUUGCUGGAUAAAAUGUUUUGUAUUGUUUAUAUAAAUUUUGUAUAAAGUAGUGUUUAUUUCCUUAACCUUUUUUUUUUCAAUUUGCCUAAGCUGGGGAAUUUAAAACUUGGUGUUUAAUUUGUAUAAAUGGAUGUUUGUAGAAGAAUAUUACAGAAUGUUUUAAAUUUGUAUGAAAAGUAAAAACAAAAUUGUAAACCUGGAUCAGUAGAUAGAGAAUUUUAGGAGUUUCAUUCAUUUUUUGUAUUACUUUUAUAUGUAUGUGUUCUUAAAAUUUACUAUAGGUAUAUGCUUUGAAAUGUAUUGCAUAUCAAGUUGUUUCAGUUACAGAAACCAUCCCAGAACAUGUAUGUUUUUGAAUAAAAAUUACAGAUAUAAUUUUA